GCCGUUGGUAAAGCAUUCAUUCAUCCCUCUUCAAUUUUCAAACUCCCUUCAAAACCAAACACCCAGGGCAAAACCAAAACCACGCUAAAAGGAUCUCCUUUCCACCCUUUCUUUUUCUCAGAAUCUCCGAUCAAAGGUUGUAAUUUGUAAAAGUCGAAAAUGAUGCCAUUGACGCCUGACCAGUCUAACAAGAAAGUUGGGUCGGGCAUGGCGGCUUCUCCGUCACCUUUCCUGACGCCUCGCCCGGAACGGCGCCGUCCCGAUUCAAGGGGUUCCGAUUGGGGCUCCAACCGUCAGGACAAGGAUAAAGAGACCAACGUCCAAGUUUUGCUUCGAUGCAGGCCAUUAAGCGAUGAUGAGCUCAGAUCGAACGUUCCCAAGGUGGUGACAUGUAAUGAAAACAAAAGGGAAGUCUCAGUUAUGCAGACUCUAGCUAACAAACAAGUAGAUAGAGUGUUCACCUUUGACAAGGUAUUCGGACCUAAAUCACAGCAAAGAUCAAUAUACGAACAAGCCAUUGCCCCAAUUGUCAAUGAAGUUCUCGAUGGUUUCAAUUGCACUGUUUUCGCUUAUGGCCAGACAGGGACUGGUAAAACUUAUACAAUGGAGGGUGGAAUGAGAAAUAAGGGUGGUGAUUUACCUGCUGAGGCUGGUGUCAUUCCAAGAGCAGUGCGUCAAAUUUUUGAUAUUUUGGAAGCACAAAAUGCUGAUUAUAGCAUAAAAGUGACAUUCCUUGAGCUUUAUAAUGAAGAGAUAACUGAUUUGUUGUCCCCCGACGAGAAUUCUAGGCCGACAGAGGAAAAACAAAAGAAACCUAUAACCCUUAUGGAAGAUGGAAAGGGUAGUGUGUUUGUGAGAGGCCUUGAAGAAGAAUCAGUAUACAGUUUGAAUGAAAUUUACACUCUGUUGGAACGAGGAGCAUCAAAAAGGCGCACUGCGGAAACAUUGCUUAACAAGAGAAGCAGUCGUUCGCAUUCAGUCUUCACCAUUACUGUGUAUGUGAAAGAAACAGUGAUUGGUGAUGAAGAGUUAAUUAAAUGUGGCAAGCUCAAUCUUGUUGAUCUGGCAGGAUCGGAAAAUAUAUUGCGUUCAGGAGCACGUGAGGGGCGUGCUAGAGAAGCAGGGGAGAUAAACAAGAGCUUACUCACCCUGGGACGUGUCAUAAAUGCGCUUGUGGAACAUUCUCCUCAUGUGCCUUACAGAGAUAGUAAGCUUACAAGGAUUUUGCGAGACUCCUUGGGAGGGAAAACAAAAACAUGUAUAAUUGCUACUAUUUCCCCGUCUGCUUAUUGUAUGGAAGAAACACUUAGUACAUUAGACUAUGCUAGCCGUGCAAAAAGCAUAAAGAAUAAGCCUGAGGCAAACCAAAAGGUUUCGAAGGCUGUUUUGUUGAAGGACUUAUACAUGGAAAUUGAUAGGAUGAAAGAAGAUAUUCGAGCAGCAAGGGAAAAGAAUGGUGUAUAUAUUUCUCAUGAAAGAUUUGCCAAGGAAGAAGCUGAAAAGAAGGCAAGGAAUGAGAAGAUAGAGCAAUUAGAGAAUGACCUCAGUCUUAGUGAGAAGCAAGUGGACAGCUUCCGUGAGCUCUAUUUAACAGAGCAAGAACAGAAACUGGAAUUAGAAAGCGAGCUUAAGGAUUGCAAGGUGAAUUUGGAAAAAACCAGCAACAACUUGCAUGAUCUCCAAGAGAAUUACAAGCUAUUAGUUUCAACCUUGAAGGAGAAGGAACGCACCAUUUCCAAGCUACUGAAAUCAGAAAAUGCCUUGAUUGUGCGUGCAAAGGAAAUGUGUACUGAUCUGCAGAAUGCAUCGGAUGAUAUUAAUUUACUGUCCUCAAAGUUGGAUCACAAAGAAAGACUGGAGGCAGAAAAUCAAAAAACAAUUUUGAAAUUCGGAUCUCUCUUAAAUGAGAGCUUAAAGGACUUGCAUACAACCAUUAUGGGAUCUGUUUCUCAACAACAUAAAGAACUUAGAAGCAUGGAAGAUCAUGUCAGCUCCUAUCUUGCCAGUAAAAAUGAUGCUGCACAAACUCUAGAGUCAAGGAUCAACAAAAUGACAGGAAUUUACACUUCAGGGGUGGAGACCCUGAAGGAGCUAGCUAAUACAUUGCACAUGAAAGCUUCAUCUGAUAUGGAACAGAUUCAAUCUAAAGUUUCCUCGCAAACAUUGGCCAUUGAAAAUUUUCUUGCCACUGCUGUUCAUGAAGCCAAGGAUGUAAUAUGCAACAUCCAGAAUUCUCUUGACGAGCAAAAGCAGCUGCUAGCAUUCUCCCUUCAACAACAAGAAAAAGGAUUACAACAAAGUCUGACUUCGGCACGGGUAGUUUCAGAGGCAGCUGUAAACUUCUUUGAUGACAUUCAUCUACGUUCUUCAAGAGUCAUGAAAAUUCUUGAAGAAAAUCAAAAUGAGAGGUUCCAGCAGUUAACUAACUUUGAGAAGAAGUUCAAGGAAGAGGUUGAGAGAGAGGAGGAGCAGGCCUUAGAGAAAAUUGCAGAAAUUUUGGCAGCCUUGACAUCUAAGAAAACUGCUAUGGUCUCAGAGGCAUCAAGACAUAUGCAGGACACAAGCAUGCAACAGUCUAAGAGAUUGCAGCUAGAGAUGCUCAACAUGCAGCAAGUUUCAAAAGAUGGUACUAAGGAAGUUGGUGAGUAUGUAGAGAAUGUGAAAAGUCAUUAUGUGCAACAAAUAUUCUCAGCCAGUGAUAUUAAAGCUACCAUGGAGAAUUGCCUCUUGGAGUGCUCAAAAACAGUGGACAAUUCUAAGAAGCAGUGGGAAAGUGCCAACUUGUCCCUCUGUAAUCUCCAGAAGAACAAUCUGGCAGAGAUACAAUCCUCAGUGAAGGAAAACAUCUUGACAAAUCAUAUUCUGAAUCAAGAAUUUGUGUCUGCAUCAUUAUCUAUGAAUUCAGAUUAUGAUGUAGUAACACGCAACCUGCGGGCAGAUGUAAAUGGUGCACUGAUGCUGGACCAUGAGAAUAAGAAGGCAAUUGAUUCCAUGACUACAAGAUGGUUGGAGCAGCUUAACUCAUUACAAGAUAAGAAUGGUGAAGAUGUAUCAAAUAUCAAUGUUCAAGCAGAAAAAAGCCUGGUUAAAGAUUACUUGGUUGACCAUAAUGCAAGAUCUCAGAAAAGAAUUAUACCAGUUCCCAGCCCAGCAUCCAUUGAGGAUAUGAGGGCAACGAUCAUAGAAGACAAGUUCACAGAGAACUCAUUAAAAUUGAUCCAAACAGAAAGCAAAAUCACACUUCUGGCAGCAUCUCCAAAUAGAACUCCUUUCGCAGACGUGAAUUCAGUCAAUGACGACUGUAGUUAGAAAGUUAGUUCGAGUAUGAGUCUCCACAAAGCUCAUCACUUGAUGAGCAACACUCUCUCUGGCAUGGGUAUGAUGUAAAAUCCAGAGAAUUAGGUAUUAUUAGUAAUAUGUACCUUACGUUUUUCUACCUAGUGUAAAAUUAACCAUAUGAAUUUUCUAGUAGUUGAGGUGUGCUUUCUGCACGCAAAUAUGUUUCCCCAUUUCUCUAGAAUCCUCAAUGCACAUGAUUCUUCUUUCUUAUA